AUGUGUUCUGCGAUGUUCACGAAGGUUCAACAAAGCCAGGGUAUGGGAUCGCUAGCACCGGGGCGCAUGUGCGACAAAGAGCGGAGGAUUUCCAACCCACGAGUCUUCGAGCUUGUACAGGUCUACAUCCAGUCCUUCAAAGGGUUUCACAGCCACGAUGAUAACAAUCAGGAGCCCGUCAUCACCAUUCGCUGCACUUCCUGCAAGCACUUGUGGAAGGAAGAUGAGGUAGAGGGUGGCCGCAUGGCAGCAGGCAGCUUCGAGGAUGGCGUGGUGCAGGCGGAUCCCAAGCCCGAAAGGCCAAAUCGUACUCUCUUUGUGGAGAACCUUCCUCCCGAGGCGACGGACACCAUGCUGUCGAUGCUCUUCCGACAGUACCCUGGUUUCCAAGAGGUGCGGCUUAUUCCUGGACGAAAUGUGGCCUUUGCGGACUACCAGAAUGAGUACCAAGCUGGCAUGGCCAUGCAAGGCCUUCAGAGCUUCGAGAUGACUCCGGAUGUGAGGUUGCAGCUCUCCUACGCAAGGAAGUGA